GACUGGUCUAGGCGCCCUCUUAUCCCAUUGGUAAACACUACUGCGGAAAUGUUGCCGUCGGCCAAAGCUCGGGAAUGGCAGCAGCUUCAGUCGAAGAAGUUUUCAGAAAAACGCAAGUUUGGCUUCGUGGAAACUCAAAAGGAUGAAAUGCCUCCAGAACAUGUACGUAAAAUCAUCAGGGACCAUGGUGAUAUGACCAACAGGAAAUUUCGACAUGACAAACGUGUAUAUCUUGGUGCUCUAAAAUAUAUGCCGCAUGCAGUAUUAAAGCUCCUAGAAAACAUGCCUAUGCCUUGGGAACAGAUUCGUGAUGUCAAGGUUCUCUACCAUAUCACUGGUGCAAUUACUUUUGUCAACGAAAUCCCAUGGGUCGUAGAGCCAAUCUACGUCGCCCAAUGGGGAAGUAUGUGGAUUAUGAUGCGUCGAGAAAAGAGAGACCGUCGCCAUUUUAAGCGAAUGAGGUUCCCGCCCUUCGAUGACGAAGAGCCACCACUCGACUACGCAGACAACAUACUAGAUGUGGAGCCACUUGAACCGAUACAGCUGGAGUUAGAUUCAGAAGAGGAUGCUGCAAUCCUGGAAUGGUUUUAUGACAGGAAUCCUCUGGCGGACUCUAAGUAAGUCAGCAUUUCGCGUUAUACAGAUUUAAAUGUCAAGGUUUCUAACAUAAAUUGCAUUCGCUUAGCUGCAUUGAUACGUAUCUAGUUGGGAAUAGAUCACAUAUAAGUAUGAAGAUGUAAGAGCAGUUGGAACUUCCCGCACCGUGGGAGGCUAAUUCCUGAGGUACUAAAGAAAAAAGGGUUUGCUCCUGAUCACAGAUUAUAAGAGAUGUCUGCCUGUGAUCGGUCACGACCUUUUAGAAGUUUGAUGGUUUAGUUCGCUUUUGUAAAUCCGACUAUGAACCCUUAUCGCCGGCACUGGUGUGCGGCGGGUAAAGAAGACUGCUGUUUUUACGGUCGGCCGUUCAUAACCCCCUUUCCUACAAGGAAGAUCGCAUCAGUGUUGCACUGCCUGUCAUACACGUUAAAUUCCCUACUACUGGUCUACUGUCCGGCUAACAGUACGACUUUACCCUAGGACUCCCACUAUGGCAUGGUAAUUUACACCAUAAUGGUAACUGCUUUUUGUCCUGCCACUGUCCUGACCUUCGUGUUACGGUAGCACCUUAAGGAACAGCUGUUCUACCAGCAUGGCUCGUUGGGUCACUGUGACAUACGAACCCGAUCACCGAUUCAAGUUAUCAGCUGUCAAACCUCUUGACACACAAACAAUAGCCUUCUAAAGAAUUGAAGGUGUACUUUAUGGGGAAUAAGGUGUCGUGUCUAAGGCUAAGUUCUUGUUAUUUCAUUUCUUUAGGGUCAUUCACCUAAUUUGCUGCGAAGUCGUGUAUCACAAGCUACCAUGACAUAUAGUAUGCCGGGCUCUCGAUCAUAACAUUUUCGCUGUAGUCCAGACUAACAUAGUAAAUAAGUGGUGGUCACUGUUCACCGGUUUACCGUAAAUAUGAGUUCACUGUGUUGUCUAAACCGGUUGAUCAACUGACGUGAGGUGUGGCAACUCGGACCGUUACGCAGUAAUGCCUGGUCCUAUGUUGAUAAUGAUUGAUUGAUUGACUAAACCGGUUUCCAGAAUGGUAGUCGAUAUUACAGAUAGCGUCGUAUGCUGUUCGUGGGUAAACGUCAUCCCCAUCCAGGUUUCCCGUGUCCGUCAUGACUAGCGCAGCUCAGUAAAUAUUAUUUGUCGCUACUUCGAUAAUAGUUUUGUCACUUGUAUUCGUGGAUCUAUAAUUUGGUUGUUUGCCUUUGUCACGUAGUGGCCUUCAUACUUAUAUAUUUGCUUAUCUGUCACGGUGCAAGUUCUUUGACCAUAUAAAUAUGAUCCAACCGACCCAAGUGCACAUCGCUAAUUAGGUCAAGAACCAUAGGUAUUAAAUGGGGUAUAUGCCCCUAUGGUUGCAUGGAUUAAAGUUGGUGCGGUACUUCGUCGAACCUGCGCUUAAAAAUCGAGCACUCAAAUCAGUUAACCACAUUCCCAGUUUGCGAGAAAUUCAUCUUUAGCUCGCUUAUUAUGUUUGGGUUUUUCUGAAGAUAAUGGUGUGAUUUGAUUACCUUUCCCAAUAAGUUUCCGAGCUAAUCACAUUUUGGUGGUAUGUUUACAGACACCCUGCGAACAAGUGCCAAUAAGCACGAACCCUAAGUCCAGGUCUUCCUUCCGAUUGCCUCAAAGCAACUUAUAUCCAUCAAAGUGCCCCACUAUAAGCCCCUUGGCUUGGUGACCAUAUAGCAGAAAUAAUCGAUGGAAUUCGGUUAGCGCUCAGGACUAGACAACAUGAUUGGUUGCCCCCCAGUGACAAAUCUAUGUACUUAUUAACAGUUAGUAUCCACUGACAAAUCACCUUAAUUAAGCCUGUUUUAUGUCCAGUAGCUUGGAUGAAGUUCCUAUGUCAAAACCUUGUUUCAAAUCGACUGCAAGAGCACCUCUAGAAUUCGAUUUUGAUCUCUUUUGACUUAUCUUUCUACACACUGUCCUGUCCUACCAACAGAUUUAUUAAAUUAAAAAAGCUGACUAAUGUACUAAGUCCGGUUUAGUUGUUGAUGAUCUACUUCAAUAUAUGAGAAGGGUAGUGGUCACAUUUGAACUCUAAUAUUUUAGUGUAUCAGUCAUACUUACACCUACCACUUAUUCUUACGACCGAAGCACUUUUUUCUAAUUAACUUUUCAGAGCAAGCUUUGUCUGAGUAUUUUUUUUUCACUAUGUCGUUUGUACACAACCCAUCAACCCUUUUUCCCGAGAAGCCUUGUGUUUCGGCAGUUUAACUUCCAGUCAUGUUUGUACUACCUUUCAUUGAAAACUAUCUACAGUUUACUGUCGCUGAGUGUCAUCACACUGAGUCAAUAAGCAUACUGUUGUUGCGGAAUUAGGAAAUCUGCUUCUUUUAGCCUCCUAAUCUAUAUAGUUUCGUGUUAUAGAAGCAUCAUAUCCUUUACCGACUUUCGACUUUCACAGGACAUGCAGUUUAUGGAACGUCAAACGUUAACUUACAUAGAUGGUCGUCACGCGUGAUCUGCAGAGUAAGUCAUGAAAUACAUCCACCCAAACUACAAAGCAAUGCCAUUGGGAGACCUGACGAGUUAAUUCAUAACACCUAGUUGCCGUUCUUCAAUCCGACAAACCAUUUUUUCACUACCUAACGAUUUAAUCCAUACAAACCGUAAGUAAAGCCAGACUUAUAUUAAUUGGUUCAGGUGCAUCAUAAUUUUGAUGCUUCCUUCUAAGUGUUGGCCCCCGAGUUUAACAUCUCUUUCAAAAUUGAGUAUUUGCUAUGCCUUUCCAGUCGUCAGAGUGGUAUCUAACUGUCAAUAGCCAACGUUGUACAUUUCAAAUUGAAGCUCGAAACUGGGGUUUCCAGUUUUGUUCAUGCUUUAAAUCAGCAAAUUCAAGUUAUAUCUUUAACAAAAUGUGUAUACACUGCUUACUAUCAACAUGGUUUUUUUUGUAGGCACGUCAACGGAGUUACGUAUCGACGGUGGAACCUGCCGCUGAACAUUAUGUCCAACCUGUACCGUUUGGCCAACUCUCUGCUAACAGAUCUAGUUGAUGACAAUUAUUUCUACCUGUUCGACCUAAAGUCGUUCUUCACGGCUAAGGCAUUAAACGUUGCUCUUCCUGGAGGUCCCAAGUUCGAACCCCUAGUUAAAGACAAAACUCUAGAGUAAUGUGCUUUUUUACUUAAUAUAUCAAUUUAUAGGGAUGAAGAUUGGAACGAAUUCAACGAUAUUAACAAGAUUAUUAUUCGUCAACCCAUUCGUACUGAAUAUCGAAUAGCAUUUCCAUACCUUUACAACAGCUAUCCAUUUCAAGUACAUUUGUCAUGGUAUCACACCCCUAAUGUUCUUUUCAUUAAAACUGAAGAUCCUGAUCUCCCAGCAUUUUACUUCGACCCGCUAAUUAAUCCUAUAUCACAGCGACAAGGCGUGAAGGUACUUUUUGUUUUCGUUGUAUUGCAUCCCUUCCUUCUUAGGCCCCAGAUAUACAGCCAGUUGACGAUGAAGCAUAUGAACUCCCUGAAGGAGUUCAACCAUUCUUUAGUGAAGCUCCUUUGUAUACCGAUAACACAGCAAAUGGAAUCGCCCUUUUAUGGGCCCCAAGACCAUUCUGUUUAAGAUCAGGGUCUACUAGACGAGCUAUUGACAUUCCUUUAGUCAAGGCUUGGUAUAGGGAGCACUGCCCCUCAGGUAUGCCUGUAAAAGUAAGUUCGCUUUACUUGCCAAACAUUUCUUCCAGGUUCGUGUCUCCUACCAAAAAUUGUUGAAGUACUUCGUUUUAAAUGCUCUACAUCACCGCCGUCCAAAACCUCAAAAAAAACGUUAUUUGUUUCGUUCCUUCAAAGCUACUAAAUUCUUCCAAAUCACCAGCCUGGAUUGGGUUGAGGUUGGACUUCAAGUGUGUCGUCAGGGAUACAACAUGCUUAAUCUAUUAAUUCAUCGGAAAAAUCUCAAUUAUUUGCAUCUAGAUUAUAACUUCAAUUUAAAACCAGUAAAAACCUUGACUACCAAAGAGAGGAAGAAAUCUCGAUUUGGUAAUGCUUUCCACCUUUGUCGCGAAAUACUUCGUUUGACAAAGCUUCUUGUGGAUAGUCAUGUUCAGUAUCGCCUGGGCAACGUUGAUGCUUUCCAGCUAGCUGACGGUCUGCAAUAUAUUUUUUCGCACGUUGGGCAGUUGACAGGAAUGUACCGUUAUAAAUACAAGCUCAUGCGUCAGAUCAGAAUGUGUAAAGAUCUCAAGCAUGUAAUUUACUACCGUUUUAAUACUGGACCAGUUGGGAAAGGUCCGGGCGUUGGAUUUUGGGCACCAGGUUGGAGGGUUUGGUUGUUUUUCAUGCGUGGCAUAACACCAUUACUUGAGCGUUGGUUGGGAAAUCUCCUAUCACGACAGUUUGAAGGAAGACAUUCUAAAGGUGUUGCUAAAACGGUUACAAAACAGCGAGUUGAGUCCCAUUAUGAUUUGGAGUUACGCGCUGCUGUCAUGCACGAUAUACUAGAUAUGAUGCCAGAAGGUAUCAAACAAAACAAAGCUAGGACGAUUUUGCAGCAUCUAGGGGAAGCAUGGCGUUGUUGGAAAGCCAAUAUUCCUUGGAAAGUUCCAAAUAUGCCAAUUCCUAUUGAGAAUAUGAUUUUACGUUAUGUUAAAGCAAAAGCUGACUGGUGGACCAAUACAGCACAUUACAAUCGGGAACGAAUCCGGCGGGGUGCAACUGUUGAUAAAACUGUUUGUAAAAAGAAUCUUGGUCGCUUGACUAGAUUGUAUCUAAAAGCAGAACAAGAACGACAACACAAUUAUCUAAAGGAUGGUCCUUAUGUAACUGCGGAAGAGGCUGUUGCUAUCUAUACAACAACUGUACAUUGGUUGGAGAGUCGGCGCUUUUCACCAAUCCCUUUCCCACCGUUAAGCUAUAAACACGAUACCAAAUUGCUAAUCCUUGCCCUUGAACGUCUUCGAGAAUCUUAUAGUGUAAAAAACAGAUUGAACCAGUCUCAACGUGAAGAACUUGGUUUAAUUGAACAAGCCUACGAUAACCCACACGAAGCUCUCAGUCGUAUCAAACGACAUUUACUAACUCAGAGAGCUUUUAAAGAAGCUGGAAUUGAAUUCAUGGAUCUUUACAGUCAUUUGGUGCCCGUCUAUGAUGUUGAACCCUUAGAAAAAAUAACAGAUGCUUAUUUGGAUCAGUAUCUAUGGUAUGAAGCAGAUAAACGGCGCCUGUUUCCUCCUUGGAUCAAGCCGGCUGACUUGGAACCGCCACCUUUACUAGUUUACAAAUGGUGUCAAGGUAUAAACAACCUAAAGGAUGUUUGGGAAACUGGUGAAGGUGAAUGUAACGUGCUGUUGGAAACAAAAUUUGAAAAAGUUUACGAGAAGAUAGAUCUCACAUUGCUCAAUCGUCUUUUACGAUUAAUUGUUGACCACAACAUUGCGGACUACAUGACUGCAAAAAAUAACGUUGUGAUAAAUUAUAAAGAUAUGAAUCACACAAACAGCUAUGGAAUUAUUCGAGGUCUACAAUUCUCAUCUUUCAUUACACAGUAUUAUGGUCUUGUGUUGGACUUGUUGGUCUUGGGUUUAGAACGUGCAGCUGAAAUGUGUGGUCCUCCGCAAAUGCCCAAUGACUUUCUUCAGUUUCAGGAUACUGCAACAGAAAUUGCCCAUCCUAUUCGACUGUAUUGUCGCUAUGUGGAUCGCUUCUGGAUGUUCUUCCGUUUUUCAGCGGAAGAAGCACGUGACCUUAUCCAGCGCUACUUAACAGAACACCCAGAUCCAAACAACGAGAAUAUUGUGGGUUACAACAACAAGAAGUGCUGGCCACGUGAUAGCAGAAUGAGGCUGAUGAAACAUGAUGUGAAUCUUGGUCGUGCUGUGUUUUGGGACAUCAAAAACCGCCUACCGAGGUCCGUCACAACUAUUGACUGGGAUAGUAGUUUUGUCUCAGUAUAUAGCAAAGAUAACCCCAAUUUGCUGUUUGCCAUGUGUGGAUUUGAAUGUCGUAUCCUACCAUCUUGCCGUUCGCCCGGUCAAGCUGCAGAUGCUAAUCUUCCCAGUGGUGUAUGGCAUUUACAGAACGAGGUGACCAAAGAACGAACUGCACAAUGUUUCCUUCGAGUUGAUGAUGAGUCAAUGCAACGGUUCCACAAUCGGGUCAGACAAAUCUUGAUGGCUUCAGGAUCGACGACGUUUACAAAAAUAGUGAAUAAGUGGAAUACUGCUCUAAUUGGUUUGAUGACUUAUUACCGCGAGGCAGCAGUGAGUACAGUCACACUAUUGGAUUUAUUGGUAAAAUGCGAAAAUAAAAUACAAACACGUAUCAAAAUUGGACUAAACUCAAAAAUGCCGGCUCGGUUUCCUCCAGUAGUUUUUUACACACCAAAAGAACUUGGUGGCUUAGGUAUGCUGAGUAUGGGGCACGUUCUGAUUCCUCAGUCUGAUUUACGCUGGUCGAAGCAAACUGACGUGGGUAUUACCCAUUUCCGUUCGGGUAUGAGUCAUGAUGAAGACCAGGUUAUUCCCAACUUGUUUUCCUAUAUCUUAUCAUGGGAAACGGAAUUUCGCGACUCUCAAAGUGUUUGGGCAGAAUAUGCAUUGAAACGACAGGAAGCAAAUGCCCAAAAUAGACGCCUAACAUUGGAGGAUCUUGAAGACAGUUGGGAUCGUGGUAUCCCACGAAUUAAUACUCUAUUCCAAAAAGACAGACAUACACUGGCUUAUGACAAGGGAUGGCGUGUGCGUACAGAGUUUAAACAAUACCAGGUUCUCAAACAAAAUCCAUUCUGGUGGACACAUCAGAGACACGAUGGAAAGUUAUGGAACCUGAACAACUACCGUACAGACAUGAUCCAGGCUUUAGGUGGUGUUGAAGGCAUUCUAGAACACACAUUAUUUAAAGGAACAUAUUUCCCAACAUGGGAGGGUCUUUUCUGGGAGAAAGCUAGUGGUUUCGAAGAGUCAAUGAAAUACAAAAAGUUGACUAAUGCCCAGCGAUCUGGUUUAAAUCAAAUACCCAAUCGACGUUUUACUUUAUGGUGGUCUCCAACUAUCAACCGAGCUAAUGUUUAUGUUGGUUUUCAAGUUCAACUUGAUCUAACUGGCAUAUUUAUGCACGGCAAAAUCCCAACCCUGAAAAUAUCACUCAUUCAAAUCUUCCGAGCUCACUUGUGGCAAAAAAUUCACGAAUCUGUAGUCAUGGAUAUUUGUCAGGUAUUCGAUCAAGAACUUGACGCUUUGGAAAUCGAAACUGUGCAGAAGGAAACGAUCCAUCCUCGAAAGUCUUAUAAAAUGAAUUCAAGUUGUGCAGAUAUUCUUUUAUUUGCCUCUUACAAAUGGCCUGUGUCUCGACCGAGUCUUUUGGCUGAUUCAAAAGAUCUCAUGGAUGGUACUACUACUCAAAAAUUCUGGAUCGAUAUUCAGCUGAGAUGGGGUGACUACGAUUCCCACGAUAUUGAACGUUAUGCUAGAGCGAAGUUUCUGGACUAUACAACAGACAAUAUGUCUAUCUACCCUUCUCCAACAGGCGUUAUGAUCGCAAUCGACCUUGCCUACAAUUUGCAUAGUGCUUAUGGGAACUGGUUCCCUGGUUGCAAACCACUCAUACAACAGGCAAUGGUCAAGAUAAUGAAGGCGAAUCCAGCCUUAUAUGUGUUGCGUGAACGUAUUCGCAAAGCAUUACAACUAUACUCCAGCGAACCUACUGAACCUUAUUUGAGUUCACAAAACUACAAUGAGCUGUUUUCUAACCAAAUUAUAUGGUUCGUGGACGAUACAAAUGUGUAUCGCGUUACAAUACAUAAGACUUUUGAGGGCAAUCUUACAACUAAACCUAUUAAUGGGGCAAUUUUCAUUUUCAAUCCUCGCACUGGACAGUUAUUCUUAAAAAUAAUUCACACAUCUGUAUGGGCUGGACAAAAACGUUUAGGUCAGUUGGCGAAAUGGAAGACAGCAGAAGAAGUUGCUGCACUUAUACGUUCUCUACCAGUUGAAGAACAACCUAAACAAAUUAUUGUUACUCGCAAAGGCAUGUUGGAUCCACUAGAAGUGCAUCUUCUCGACUUUCCCAAUAUUGUUAUAAAGGGUUCUGAGCUUCAGUUGCCUUUCCAAGCUUGUCUAAAAGUGGAGAAGUUUGGUGAUCUCAUAUUGAAAGCAUCAGAACCACAAAUGGUCUUAUUCAAUCUCUACGAUGAUUGGUUGAAAUCGAUUAGCUCUUAUACAGCAUUUUCUCGUCUCAUCUUGAUACUAAGAGCUUUACAUGUCAACAAUGAUAAGGCGAAAAUUGUACUGAAACCCGAUAAAACAACAAUCACUGAACCUCAUCAUAUCUGGCCAUCGCUAAGUUCUGAUGAUUGGAUUAAAGUUGAGUAUCAACUGAAAGAUCUUAUUUUAGCAGACUAUGGAAAGAAAAACAAUGUUAACGUGGCCUCGUUAACUCAGUCGGAAAUACGUGAUAUUAUAUUGGGUAUGGAGAUUUCUGCUCCAUCUCAACAACGUCAGCAAAUUGCUGAGAUUGAAAAACAAGCCAAAGAACAAUCUCAGUUAACAGCGACCACAACAAGAACUGUAAACAAACAUGGUGAUGAGAUUAUUUCGACUACGACAUCAAAUUAUGAAACUCUUCAUUUCAGCAGUAAGACGGAAUGGCGUGUUCGUGCAAUUUCUGCAACUAAUUUGUACCUCCGAACUAACAACAUAUAUGUCAGCUCAGAUGACAUUAAAGAGAAUGGGUACACAUAUAUCCUACCCAAGAAUAUUUUGAAGAAGUUCAUUACCAUAUCGGAUCUGCGAACUCAGAUCGCUGGCUAUUUGUAUGGUGUCUCCCCAGCGGACAAUUCACAAAUAAAAGAAAUCCGAUGUAUUGUAAUGCCUCCACAAUGGGGUACUCAUCAGACGGUCCAUUUACCCAACGGGCUUCCGCAAGACGAGUAUCUAAAAGAAAUGGAACCACUUGGUUGGAUUCAUACACAACCAAACGAAUUGCCACAACUUUCGCCUCAGGACAUCACUACACAUGCGAAGAUUUUUUCGGAUCAGGAUGGAGAAAAGACCAUCGUCAUAACUUGUAGUUUCACUCCAGGUUCCGUUUCACUUUGUGCGCAUAAACUUACUCCUGGUGGUUAUGAAUGGGGCAGGCAAAACACUGAUAAAGGUAACAAUCCUAAGGGGUACCUACCGAGUCACUAUGAAAGAGUACAAAUGUUAUUAUCAGACAGAUUUUUGGGAUUCUUCAUGGUUCCUCCGCAGACAUCCUGGAACUACAACUUUAUGGGUGUGCGCCACGAUCCUAACAUGAAGUAUGAAUUACAACCCCUUAAACCUAAGAAGUUCUACCAUCGUAUUCAUAGACCCUCGCACUUUUUGAACUUCACAUCCAUUGAGGAGAAUGAACUAACCUUAACUGACCGAGAUAAUCCUUUGGCGUAGUUGAAUGCUUUUGUCAUUUUAUUUUCCUGUCUUCUUCCUUUAUUUUGUACAUUAAUCACUGCGAUUCCUCUCCCACUUCCAUUCAGCUAACGCCGUUUGUAUUUUUACAUAAAUCAUUCCAGAC